GCCAAAACAAAAAUAAAUUGUACACUGUGUAAAGUGCAAAAACUGAAUAAAUUACCUAAUUAAUACUAAGUUUUAAUAUAAACUCAAUAAAGCUGUCAACACAACAAUAUGGCGCUACUUCUGGUGCAUUUGCGACGCCUCAUCUUGCUCCUUAGUGUGGUCUACCUCAGUGGCUCGGUAUUCCGUCGUCUCUUCACAGAGCGUCAUCAUGCCCAUGUGUUGCAGCGGAAUAAUGGCUUUGGCGAUAUCGGUCAUCGGUGCAGCUGGACAAAGGAAAGGUUUCAUUUUCAAUGGUGGGCUUAUAUUUACACUUGCUAUGCCUAUGUGAUAUUGGUUAAUUAUGUGAAUAUGCGGCGUUUAACCAAUUUAAUAGAAUUCUUUCUUAUUUGAACUAAAUUAGU